AUGAUUUGCUCAAGAUUGAAGGAGGUUCUGCCUGUUAUCAUUGAUGAUUGUCAGGGGGCUUUUGUGGUUGGUAGGUCAAUAAUGGAUAAUAUCUUGAUUUGUCAAGAUAUGCUUAAAGACUACAAUAAUAAGAGGAAAUCUCCUAGGUGUACUAUAAAAGUCGAUUUGAGGAAGGCUUAUGACUCAGUGCAUUGGGAUUUCAUAAGGGAUAUGCUAGAGUCUCUUGGUUUUCCUGAUAAGUUCAUUCACUGGAUCAUGGUCUGUGUUUCUUCUCCUUCUUAUUCCUUGUUAUUAAAUGGUGGGCUCCAUGGCUUCUUUCAAGAUGAUUUAAUGUUGUUUGCUCAUGGAGAUAGGCAGUCUGUGAACUUGAUUUUCAAAGCUCUGAUCAAGUUUGAGAAGGUGUCUGGUUUGCAAGAAAAUGCUGAGAAAACAUCAAUUUAUUUUGGGAAUGUGGAUGAUAGAACAAAACUGAGCAUUAUGAGACUCACUGGUUUUGUUGAGGGUUCUGGACCUUUCAGGCUUUUGUGUCGGUCAAGUCGAAAUUUGUCUUAUGCGGCAAGAGUUGUUCUUAUUAAUGCAGUUCUAAUAAGCUUGCACUCUUACUGGGCUCAAUGUUUAAUUUUACCUAAGACUGUCAUACAAAGAAUCAGAGCUUUCUUAUGCAGCGGUUCAGCUGUCUUAUCUAAAGCCCCUCCUCUGGCUUGGUCUUGGGUUUGUAAGGCUAAGAAAGUUGGGGGUUUGGGCAUAAGAGACUGUGAAUUGUGGAAUAAAGCAGCUCUUGGUAAGUACAUAUGGCAGAUUUCUAAGAAAAAGGACUCUUUAUGGGUCAAAUGGGUUCACAAUGUCUAUAUUAAGACUCAGGAUUGGUGGACUUAUAGUUCAAAGAAGGCUGAUGGGUGGGCUUGGAAGAAGAUUUGUAGGAUUAAGGAUGAGCUGGAAGAGGGAUUCAGGGCUGAAAACUGGACUGAGAAGAAGUAUUCCAUAGCUACUGUCUAUGAUUGGCUACAGGGCAAGGCUGAGAAGCAUGGUAUUAGCAAUACUGAUUUGUGCUUACUGUGUGGAAAUGGUAUUGAAAGUCAACAGCAUUUAUUUUUUGACUGUGCCUAUAGCAGACGAUGCCUGUUAAGGAUUAGUAGGUGGCUUGGAGUCCAGGAAAUUCACUUCAAUAUCAUAAGUACCUGGAAACAUUGGAAAAGGAUUCUCAAAGACUCAAUAGUGAGAAAGAUUGGGUAUGCCAGCCUUGCUGCACUGGUUUAUUACCUGUGGGCUGCUAGGAAUAGUGUAUACUGGAAUCAAGCUGUUCCAAUCCCUGACAUUCUUUGUGAUAGUGUUUGCUCAGCAGUGGUAGGACGUGCUCACCAGCUUAUAAACAGAAAGUGGAAAAAGCAUCAUUGUAAAUGGCUGAAAGCCUUGAGAGACAGUAUAACCUCAUAA